AUUUAUUUAAUAAAGAGUAUAGCCGAGCGCAACCAUCCUCUGUAGCGUAGAGUCAUAGACACUGAAGCCAGUCCACUGUGAAUCUCCAAAGCUCGAGAAGAAGCAACGAUGUCAAAGCUGGGUCUUCUUCGAACCUCAAUCAUGUCAAGCCUCUCCGUCCGUACGUCCAUGGCGCAAAACCUCGGCCUCACUUCGCUUCUGCGCGAACCGGUGAGACGGUUUUCGACGGAAGCCGAAAACCGGCUUCAGGACUCUUCAACGUCCAAUCAGCCGCUGGAGUCUUCGCCGUCCGAUAAACCUCAGAAGUCUUUGCCAUCCGAUAAGCCUCAGGAGUCUUCGCCGUCCGAAUCAUUUUUCGAAACCCCAAGCACAGGAUCGGUGUAUGGGAAGCUGCUUGGAAUCAAAAGGAAUACGCUGAAGACAGACGUCGUGAAUUUGCUGGAAGGCUGUAAUUUGAGUCUGGAUGAUGUUAAAAUGGAUUAUAAUCGGUGGUUUACGGCGAUGGGAAUGUUGGUGCAAUUCCCGUCUCGGCAAGCCUAUGAUAACGCAAUGAGGGUGAUUGGCAAAAAGGGUCGCCUGUUUAAAUUGGAGAGGGCUAAUCGAGCGGAAUGGGACUCUCUUACUCCCCAUGAUGGAAAAACGGUUUUAUUGCAAGGAAUCCCUCCUAAUGCAGUUCCAGAAGAUGUAGAUCGUUUUCUGUCUGGUUGUGAAUAUGAUUCGUCUUCCCUCCAAUUAAGUUUCAGACCUUCCCAAGAGCCCACUAAAUGGGCAACUGUUCGCUUUCGUACUCAAACUGAGGCAAUGAAUGCAUUCUUUUUGAAGAACAAAGGCUUCUGCCUGAAUGGUGAAGUUUCGAUUCGUGUUCUCCAGUAACAGUUUCUGCUUUCUUGGUUCCCUUUGUCAGGAGCAUUGCUUUGAGACAUGAUAAAAUGAGGAUAGGAUUUUGUAGUAUCAUCUGAACUCGGUAUAUGCUGUUAUGUAGCAUGUUAACAUUUGCUUGUUAUAAGAUGUCUUUUCUUUCCCCAUUUUUUCGCACGUUUUAAGGAAGCUAAGAAUAUUUUGUUCUUUAUUCGUUUUUUCAAUAAAGAAAAAAAUUGGCGGUGAACGAGAAACAUUGUUCUCAAAAA